GAUAAAAAAUGGUACUCCUUCCUAUAUUCAUAUCCUUGGUGGUGAUCCUCAUUGCAAAGUGGGUUCACAAAUGGUGCCAUCCCAAAAGCAACGGCACUCUCCCACCGGGCUCAAUGGGGUGGCCGCUUCUCGGGGAGACUCUCCACUUCUUCGCUUCAACCACCUCCCUCGACAUCCCUCCUUUCAUCCGUCAAAGGAUGGAAAAGUAUGGAGCUAUAUUCAAGACGAGUUUGGUUGGGGAGGGUGUGAUCGUGUCGACCGACGCUGAUCUCAACUACUUCAUCUUUCAAAAAGAGGGAGUUUUGUUCGAGAGCUGGUAUCCCUACACAUUCACCCAAAUCUUCGGAACAAAUAGCCUACUCAAUCUGCAUGGCUCCGUAUUCAAGUACCUCAAGAACAUGGUGCUUAAUUUAGUCGGUCCCGAAAGCCUCAUGACCAUGCUUCCGGAAGUCGAGGCCACCUCCAAUCGCUACUUGACCAUGUGGUCCACCCAAGACACUGUUGAUCUCAAGGAAACUACAGCUCAAAUGAUAUUUGAUCUGACUGGGAAAAAGCUCAUCAGUUAUGACUCACAAAAAUCGAGUGAAGACUUGAGGGGAUACUUUGAAGCUUUCAUAAAGGGAUUGAUCUCCUUUCCCCUCAACUUUCCUGGAACAUCUUUCCACCGAUGCUUACAAGGAAGAAAGAAGGCGAUGAAGAUGCUGAAGGAUAUGCUUGAAGAAAGACGACAAAGGCCGCGACAAACACAGAGUGAUUUCUUCGAUUAUGUGUUAAAAGAGGUCGAGCGAAAAGAUACGAUGCUUACAGAGGAUAUUGCUUUGGAUUUGAUGUUCGUGAUGCUCUUCGCUAGCUAUGAAACUACCUCGGUGGCGCUCACUUUAGCUAUCAAAUAUCUAUCCGACCAUCCCUCUUUUCUACAACAAUUAACGGAAGAACACGAGGCAAUCAUAAAAAGGAGAGAGAAUCCAGAUUCGGGACUAACAUGGAGUGAAUACAAAUCGAUGAAAUUCACAUUUCAGAUCAUUAAUGAAACUAUGAGGCUGGCUAAUAUUGCUCCUGUGAUUUUCAGAAAAGCAUUGAAAGACAUUAAAUUUAAAGAGUAUAUAAUACCGGCAGGUUGGGCUGUUAUGGUAUGCCCUCCAAGCGUUCACUUAGACCCAAACACAUACAAACAUCCACUCGAAUUCAAGCCAUCGCGAUGGGAGGGAGUAGACACACACAUGGCAUCGAGGAAAUUCAUGGUGUUCGGAGGCGGGUUGAGAGUGUGCGUGGGAGCGGAUUUCGCGAAGCUACAGAUGGCCGUGUUUCUUCAUUGCUUGGUCACAAAAUACAAGUGGAAAGCAGUCAAAGGAGGGGAGAUUGUUCGAAGUCCUGGUUUGCAGUUUCCAAAUGGAUAUCACAUCAACGUUUCUCAAAUUUAGAUCACAAACAGAGGGACUCAAUUCUAUGGAGGGUGGUAUUAUAAUACUAAUCGAAUAAGUAAACUAUUAGUGUGUGGUAAAUGGGUGCUCUCAUUAAUUCCAUCAGUUUAUUCAGUACUAUCAAAAAAAAAGAGUACUUGGGUGUUCCGAGUAUUGAAUAUGGCUUUCUGUAUUCGUAUUUGUAUUUGUAUUGA